UUUCCUCAUUUAAAAACACACAUCAUCACAACUAAACAUUCAUUUUCAACUUACUUCACUCCAAAUAAACCUACGAACUUGUUACUUCAAAUGUCUCCAAUCACCACGCUCCUCUUUUUCUUUUUCUUCUUCCAAAUAACACUCUCACUGUCACAUCAAAACACAACAUUCAACUUCCCUUCUUUCACCCUCCGCAACAUAACCCUCCUCGGCGACUCCUUCCUCCACGACGGCAUCGUCGGUCUCACAAGCUCCACCACCGUCCCUACUUCCACCUCCGGUACUCUCCUUUACAACAACCCUAUCUUUCACUCUUCCAAUUUUUCCUCUUUCUCCUUUUCCACUAAUUUCACUUUCUCCAUCACAAAUUCAAACCCUAACCCUCCUCCUUCUUCCUCACUCAACCAUUUCUCAUUUUUUCUCAAUUCCACCAAACACUUCAUUUCACUUGAUUUUCACACCAAUGAUAACACACUUGGUUUCAAUUUCAACAAUUUCAGCAAUUCAAUCCAAACCGUUGGUUUCAAUUUCACUAGUGGAAAUCUAAUCACUUCUUGGAUUGACUAUAACAAGAGCUUUAACAAAAACUUGAGUGUUUUCUUAAGCUAUGAAAAUUCGAGUUUUUCGAAGCCGGAAAAACCGGUUUUGAGUGUUGAUGUUGAUCUUUAUGAGUAUUUCAAUGAGGUUGUUUAUUUGGGGUUUUUGGGUUAUGUUGAAGGAAGUACUGAACUUCAACAAAUCAUGAAAUGGAGCUUUGAGUUUUUUCAGUUUAGUCAAAAUAAAAAUUCAAGCAUGCAUAAUUUGGGUUAUCAAGUUGAUGAUAUUCCACCUUCAAACACAACAAAAAACCAUCAUGGAAAGAGAUUUGUGAUUGGUUUUUGUGUUGCUGUUGUGGGUCCUGCUUUGUUCUUUGUGGUGCUUUUGGUUUUGGGGUAUGUUUCUUUUAGGAAAUGGAGUAGUUUAAGGAAGCUUAAGAAGAAUGAAAGUUCUAUGGGGUGUCCUAAGAAGUUUAGUUACAAGGAAUUGAAGUUUGCUACUAAAGGGUUUCAUGGUUCAAGGAUAAUUGGGAAUGGUUCAUUUGGGACUGUUUAUAAGGCUUUGUUUGUUACUUCUGGAACAGUUGCUGCUGUUAAAAGAUCAAGACAUUCACAUGAAGGGAAAACUGAGUUUUUAUCUGAGUUAUCUAUUAUAGCUGGAUUAAGGCACAAGAAUUUGGUUCAACUUUUAGGUUGGUGUGUUGAGAAAAGUGAACUUUUGCUUGUGUAUGAGUUUAUGGUUAAUGGCAGUUUAGAUAAGUUGCUUUACAAAGAAUCUGAGUGUGUUAUUUUGUUGAGUUGGGUUCAAAGACAUAACAUUGUUGUUGGGUUGGCUUCUGUUUUGACUUAUCUUCACCAAGAAUGUGAGCAAAGAGUGAUUCAUAGAGAUAUUAAGACGGCGAAUAUAUUGCUAGAUGGAAAUUUGAAUCCAAGAUUAGGGGAUUUUGGAUUGGCAAAGCUUAUGGAUCAUGAUAAGAGUCCGGUUUCGACAUUAACGGCCGGAACAAUGGGAUACCUAGCUCCCGAGUAUCUUCAAUAUGGGAAAGCGACCGAUAAGACCGAUGUGUUUAGCUUUGGAGUUGUUGUUCUUGAAGUUGCUUGUGGGAGAAGACCAAUUGAGAAAGAGGGUCAAGAGAUGGUGAAUUUGGUUGAUUGGGUUUGGGGACUUUACUCACAAGGGAAGAUAAUUGAGGCUGUUGAUAAGAGAUUGAAUGGUGAGUUUCAUGAGGAUGAAAUGAGAAAAAUGUUGCUAUUAGGUUUGAGUUGUGCAAAUCCAAAUAGUGAUGAAAGGCCUUCUAUGAGAAGAGUUUUGCAAAUUCUUAACAAUGAAGCUUUACCUCUUGUUGUGCCUAAAGUGAAACCUUGCCUUAGUUUUUCAAUUGGAUUGCCUUUGACUCUUGAGGAGAUUGUUUCUGAUAUUGGUGAAAGGUUUGGUUCAAAUCAAUAUACGUGCAAGAUCAUAAUUGAGCCAAGUUGAUGAGUUUCUUAUUCAUUUGAUUUUAUUGAUUCUUUAGUUCUUUUAUAUAUACUUCAUUGUAACAUUUUGUUUAGUCAUGUGCUCAUUUUGAUUGGAGUUCAAGCUAAUCUAUUGAACUUCAUGUAACCGAGAUGUAUUCAAGAUAUAUAGAAGAAACUUAGUAUACAGAGAUAUAUGUAACAAUUGAGUGUUAUUUAUAUAACAAUUGUGUUUUAUUUUCAUUCUA